AUCACAAACACAAUUGCAUCUCUUAGAUAGUCACAUAAUUCCACCACAAUGCGUUUGGUUAGCUUCUCGUUUUACCUCUCUGGAUCUUCAAUCAAGGACUUGGACAACCCACUCCGAGUCGAAUCCAUCCCCUCCGACUCCACCGUCCUCCGCCUCAAACAGAUCAUCCACAACGCCACCGUCAACCUCGACGCAGCACGGCUGAGCAUCUUCUACUCCGGCAAGCUGAUGGAAGAUCAUCACACCGUUGGCCACUACAUCCCUACAACUAGUAGUAAUAGUACUGCCAAUGAGACCGCCACCCACGUCGCAGCUCAGCUGGUGGUUGCUCCAGAGCACACCAAGGUGGCGGUGGUCGUGAUCCCGUCGGAGGCUCAUCGAGGAGGCGGAGUGAGGGUGAGGUCGGACAGCAGCGUGAGAGAGUUGAAGGACAAGAUUAGCAGGAAGAUGGGGUUCUUUGAUGUUGCUAUUACGACUUGUAGCAAUGGUGCCAAAGUUGAAGACGACUCUGCUCCCAUCUCAAGGUUCGGUAUUGGGGAAGGGUCUCGGAUUCGCGUGAGUGAGGCUCUGAAUGUUAGUCCUCGUUGAUGGAGGAUUUAUGGCUUAAUUAUAUGUGGAGGUUUAUGGGUUAAUAACCUUCGGGUAACUUAGCUUAUUAGUACUUGUUUAAUGGUGAGUCUAUUUUGUAGCGAGUUGGGGAUAACUACUACCUCGAAAUCAUGUGUUGUGGUCCAAUGAGGUAGGCAGCUAGUGUUUGACCCAUAUAUAAUGCGAAUGGUAAGGGUAUCUCAGAUCUGUUCACAAAUUUGGCGGUGUUGUGUCUUAUUAUUAAUAACUAUUUCCACUAUCUUGUUGGCUAAUUUGUAUUAUGCGAGUUUCAAUUUCCUUAUUUAAAUAACACAAACAACACCUGUGCAGAGUACGAGGUUUCAACCUAGAAGUUCUGACAAUACAGAUUCUAUAACAUA